AUGAACUGGGGGGUCUUUGAGGGGCUCCUGAGCGGCGUCAACAAGUACUCCACGGCCUUCGGGCGCAUUUGGCUGUCUCUGGUCUUCAUCUUCCGCGUGCUGGUGUACCUGGUCACGGCAGAGCGCGUCUGGAGCGAUGACCACAAGGACUUCGACUGCAACACCCGCCAGCCGGGCUGCUCCAACGUCUGCUUCGACGAGUUCUUCCCCGUGUCCCACGUGCGCCUCUGGGCCCUGCAGCUCAUCCUGGUCACGUGCCCCUCGCUGCUUGUGGUCAUGCACGUGGCCUACCGCGAGGCCCGCGAGAAGAAGCAUCAGGAGCUAGUCGGGAAGGACGGUGGGCGCCUCUACCUGAACCCCGGCAAGAAGCGGGGCGGGCUGUGGUGGACAUAUGUCUGCAGCCUGGUGUUCAAGGCCGGCGUGGACGCCGCCUUUCUCUACGUGUUCCAUUCCUUCUACCCCAAUUACACCCUCCCCCCCUUGGUCAAGUGCCACGCAGCUCCAUGUCCCAACACCGUGGACUGUUUCAUCGCCAAACCCUCGGAGAAAAACAUCUUCACCCUCUUCAUGGUUAUCACGGCCAUCAUCUGCAUCCUGCUUAACCUGGUAGAGCUCACCUACCUGGUGGGCAAGAGGUGUCGUGAGUGCUUGGGGGCCAGGAGGGCCGGGAACACCUACCUGAGGUCUCACCCAGACUCUGUCUGCAAACAGGACGACCUCUUCUCAGGGGACCUCAUCUUUCUGGGCUGUGACACUCCCCCACCUCUCUUGCCAGACUGUCCUCGAGACAAUGUGAAGAAAACCAUCCUGUGAGAGGUUUGAAGGGGCUGGCUGACAGACGAGAUGGGGAGUGGAAGGUUCCAGAUUCUGCUCCCAUGGGCCCAGCCAGGGAGUUGAGCUUCCAGCAGCAGGAGACAGAGAGCCUGAUAACGCUAUUGCUCAAGUUCUGUGGCCUUGCACAAGUUAACCCUCAAUUCUGGGCACCAGUUUCCUUCCCUGCAAAUGGAGAUUCUGAGGCUUGUGUCACACGGUGAUUGCCAGGAAGGAUCCAACAACAGAACAGAUGUGCAGAAUGGAACACAGAGUAUGUGGCCCAUGGACAGGCAGGGCUUAAUAAAGGUCAAUCC